AUGCAGAUCAAGCACCUUUUCGCCGUCGCUCUGACACUGGCCCUCACCUCCGGUAACCCGGGGGAUUGCACCAAGGACAGCAACGUAGGCGCAGACUGCGUCUUUGGAAGCCUCGACGACUUCGAAGGCAACUGUGAUAGAUUUGGCGAGUGCAUCCCGAGAGAGGAGAAAUGCACAGUCGAUGACGGAGAUUGCUUCAUUGCGGUAUGA